UUUGCUCUUUCAGAUCACACAAAGAGAAGAGAAGAAAAAAAAUUUAUUAGAGAGAGAGAGAUACUAUGGAUAUUUCCUUGCACAAAUCUGGCCUCGAAGAGGAGAGCAAAUCUUCUGAUGAAGAAAGUUGUGUCAAGGUGUUCGAUCUUCAUCAGGGUUUGGUUGUAACAAACAUGGAAAGACCAUCACCUGAGUCUGAGUCCAGAUCAUCUUCAUCUGCCAAAAAGGAACAGUUGCAUGAUCAACUUGGAUCAGCCAAAGCAGAAAUGGAUGAAGUGAUGGAAGAAAAUCAACGGCUUAAGACGCAUUUAGAUCGAAUUCUCAAGGAUUACCGAACCCUACAAAUGCAAUACAAAGAUGUGGAGGCAGCAAAAUCUCAUAAGCAAAGCUAUCAUGAUCUCACAGCUGAUCAUGAACUCAUUGAUCUCAGCUUAGGAAUGAGCUCCACUGACAAAAAAGGCGAAGCGCCUAAAAUUCGAGAUGAUAAACAAGGACUGUCGCUAGGGCUUGAUUGCAAAUUCGACUUGCCUGAAAAGUCUCCGGUGACUAUUAAUUUGACUCCCGAGAAUAGCAUAGAAGAAGUGAAGGAAGAAGCCGGAGAGACAUGGCCGAAUAAAGGCGUCAAGAAUGGGAGAGAUGGCGGAGGAGAAGAUGAGAUUUCACUACAAAACCCUACUAAACGAGCUAGGGUUUCUGUCCGAGUUAGAUGUGACACACCAACGAUGAAUGAUGGUUGUCAAUGGAGGAAGUAUGGACAAAAGAUUUCCAAGGGGAAUCCAUGCCCUCGUGCAUACUAUCGUUGCACUGUCGCACCAUCCUGCCCUGUUAGAAAACAGGUACAAAGAUGCGCGGAGGAUAUGUCGAUCCUGACCACAACAUACGAAGGCGCACACAACCAUCCACUCCCGGCCUCGGCUACCGCCAUGGCCUCCACCACUUCCGCCGCAGCCUCAAUGCUCAUGUCCGGUUCCUCAACCUCAGGAACCGGGCCGAGCUCUUCCUCCUCCUCCACCACCACCGCGAACCUCCAUGGCCUAAACUUCUACCUCUCCGACAAUUCAAGAGCGAAACCGGCCUUCUACCUCCCAAAUCCAUCAAUCUCAUCCUCACCUUCAUAUCCAACCAUCACUCUCGAUCUCACCUCCUCCUCAUCCUCGUCCUCAUCCCAUCUAAACCGCCUAGGCAGCGGAAGCUUCGUUCCGAGAUACUCGACCACAAACCUAAACUUCAGCUCUCUAGAAUCCAACCCUCUCCCAAUUUCUUACAACAACUCUUUGCUAACACAUGGCCAACAAUCCUUCAACAGAAACCAAAAUGUACCUUCUCUAAGCUUCGGAUCACAACCCUAUGAAACCUUAUACCAAUCCUACUUGCAAAAAACUCAAUCAAACCCUAACCCUAAUCAACAGCAUUUAGGGCCAGACACCAUUGCAGCUGCAACAAAAGCAAUAACAUCAGACCCUAGUUUCCAAAAUGUCCUAGCCGCCGCUCUAACCUCCAUUAUUGGCGGCUCAGGUGGUGGCGCCACCAACCAUAACGCAGUCGAAAAAUCAAGUGCUUUCCCCAUUCUAUCUAGCUUUCCGCCAACUUCAAAUGCGAACAAAUGUGCACCGAGUUUCAUGAACAAGUCUUCGUCCUCAACGAGCUCUCAACAGCCUAGUUUGGCGCUUCUUUCGCCUCCUUUUCCAUUUUCGAGCUCGAAUAAAAGCAAGUCUAACUCACCGGCUGACAACCGGGAUCACGUAUAGUUUGAUGUCAUUUUUCGAAUUUUAGAUGAUAUUUUUGUUCAUUUUGGACGGUGGAGUUUGAUCAUGAUGCAAAUUGUGCAUGGAAUUAGUCUUUUUUUCUCAUUUUUUUGUGAAUGAAUGAUGUAAGGUGAAGAAAAUUGUGGAUAUAGAUGGUGACUGCUGGUGAUAUACAGUUGAAUAACUAUUACCAGCUUCAUUUUUUCUUCA